CACGGCAAAACGCUGCAUUGCCUGACCCCGGGCCCGAGGUUCCCCGUACAUUUUAAUGAUAAGACGUGACGUGACUAUAGCUAAGUGAGAUUCGGGUUUUGAUUAAAAAGAACUGACAUUUUAUUUGUAAAAAGAUAUGGAGUGGCUGCUGUUUUUGCAUGACAUAUUGGCAGUUGUAUUUUGAGUCGUGACUCAAAAAUGUUGGACCAAGUCUUGGAUUUUAAUAUUUGGAAUAAAGUCGACUCGAAAGUGUGACGUUAACAAGAAGGUUCAGCUUCCAAUUUUCAAGAAUGACUUGACGUUGUUUGUCCCUAUGUCAUGACUUUGACUGUAGGCAAACCAGGAAAAUGUAAAAUCAUGAUGCAUGAUGGAAAAUACAGGUUACUUUGUGUCUGGAGUAAUUAGAGAUUUCAUGCACUGUGCAUCAUGUAUACAUGUACAUUAAGCGGAACAAUGAGUGACUUAUUAUAAAAACGAAGUGGCCAUAAUUGACACUCUUUUAAGAUGAAUCCUCAAAAAGGCCCGGGCCAGGGCGGCGACGCAAAGGCCCGGGCCUCCAAAGCCAAAGUCAUAACAUUUUACAAGAACGACACCAACUUCAGCGGGUUGCGCCUGGCAGUGACUAAGCGGCGCUACCCGAGCUUUGACGCUCUCCUGCAGGAGCUGACCUCCAAGGUGUCGCUUCCGUUCGCCGCAAGGAACGUCUUCACCCCCGGUGGAGUCCAUGACGUCAAGGAAAUCACCGACCUGGAGGACGGGCGCUCCUACGUCGUCUCCGACAAGAAGAAGAAGCCGCUGAACAUUGACAAGGUGUCGAAGCCCCGGGUCUGGAGGAACACUAAGCAACUCAAGCUGGCGGCGGCACAGCCCCUGAACUACGGGAAUGGUUCUAUCAAGUCCUAUGGAUCGUCUUCAGUGUCGCCCCCUCACACGAAUGGAUACGCCAAUGGAGCGGCAGGGGGUGAGCCUCUAGGAAACAUUCAACAGAGAGUACCUAACACACCCAAAAAGAUCAUUGUAAUGAUAAAUGGAGAUCCGCAAACCAAGCACAUGAUGCUGUUGAACAGACGUACUGCUCAGAGUUUUGAGGACGUUCUAGCCGACAUCAGUGAGACAUUUAAAGUGCCUAUCAAGAGACUGUGUACAGCAGAUGGCAAGAAGGUGGCAAGUCUAUCAGCGGUGUUCCAAGGUCCGGACCUGUUUGUGGCCCUUCCGGCCACGGGAUCCUUCAAACCUGCUCCUUAUUCGGACAGCUCUCCCUUCAAAGCUGCUCCAUCAACCAGGCAAACCCUGAGACGAAAAUCAGAAGAUAUCGGUGGACAACCUCCACAGAAGAUUGUCAAGAAAAGCCGGGGAAAAUGGCGUGCCUGGAUAGCGACAGAUGAAAACCCUGCGGCGGGAACGGAUGCUACAGUGUCCAUCACUGUGUAUGGUGAGAAAGGCAAGUCUGAGGAUAUCGUUCUAGGAUCAGGAGAAGGCAGGUUUGAAGCUGGCAAUGAAGAUGAAUUCAAUGUGCAAGUUGGCAACAUUGGUGAGAUAUACAAGAUAAGGAUCAGUCAUGAUAACCAAACAGAGUUUGCAGGCUGGCUGUGUGAAGAGGUUCGAAUGCAGGAUACCCAUACAGGGGAAGAGAUUGUGUUUCCAUGCCAACGCUGGAUGUCACGUGAUGAGGAUGAUGGUGAGAUCUGUCGAGAGCUGCCUGUCAUGAGAGAUGGAGAGCCUAUCUACCCAGUGGUGCUGUAUCAAGUAACCAUGACGACGGGCAACUACUGGAAUGCAUCCCCGGAGGCUGAUGUUUAUAUCACUCUGUACGGGGAGAGAGGAGAUACAGGGCCUAGGUUACUGCACCGAUCAAAACGGAAACAGAAGUUUGAAAAGGGAAAGACCGAUGUUUUCAGUUUGGAAGCUGUUUCCUUGGGAACAGUAAACAAGAUUGUGAUUGGCCACGACUCUGCAGAACAAGGCAAAGGGUGGUUUCUGGACAAAGUGGUUGUCAAGGAAACGGAUGGAGGUGGGCCAGAAGCGGUGUUUCCAUGCUACAGGUGGUUAGAUGCUGGGGAGGAUGAUGGGAACACCGUUAGAGAACUCUUCGCUAACAACAAACCAGUCAGCUUUGAAAAAGAAAUGUGGGACCAGGAGAAGUGGAAAUAUGAGACAGGAUGUCAGGUGACCUUGGUGUCAAAGGUCAGUGGACGAGCGCUCCAGGUACUCACAGACAACUCCGUGGAUGCGUGUGGCGAUCCUGAAUCAGCCAACAAAAAUGCGAUAUACCUGGUUGAGAAACUACGAGGCAACAUUCGCAUCUUCCGGACCCAAGGCAAACCAGAGCUGUAUCUUUCUCUUGAGAACAACAAGGUCAGUGGAGCCAAGAAAGCCGGCUUGCAAUGUGAGUUCAAACUGAAGGUCCAGCCUGACCGCUCUGUUGCCAUCGAGUCGGUCAAGUCACCCAAUCAGAUGUUGACCUUUGUUCAGAGUGGACGACCUCAUGACCCCCGAGGUGCUGGCCUGGGACCGCAGAAGCUCUUCUACUGCUACGUCAAGGGUACAUUCAGUGACAACGGCUUGGUAGUCUUCUACACCUCACGCACGCAGACCCUGAGCAUAGACGGUGAGGACGCCGUCAUAGCAACCGGGCAGAAGACAGAGAGCGCGUACUGGCGGGUCAGGAGGGUGCCCGGCCAGAAGACGAGGAUGUUUGAGAGCCAGACCAAACCUGAUCAGUACCUGAGGAUUAAAGAUGGCAAAUGUAACGUGACGGGGAUCGGAGACGAGUCUUGCCAUUUUCUGAUUAACAAAUUCAAAGACAAGGGGUAUAUCACCCUGCAAUCCAACACAUUACGGAACCUGAGCGUAGGAUUUCUCCCUGAUGGCUCGGUCAAACCAACCAUCGACAGCGGCGAGACCAAUGUCAGGCUCUAUCCGGAGGUCAUCGAGUUUGGAAUCAAGAAGAAAUUGACCACGCCUACACCACCAACCACACCCAAACCUACCAAGAUGACUAAAAAACUCAAGAAGAGGAAGAGUGAAGAGAAAAUUGAUAUUGUUUCUGCUGCCAAGGCGGCGAAGAAAGAGGAGAAGAAGCCUGUCAAAACCAAGGGAUCCAAACUAAAGCAGGUCAAAGAGGCUGCACCACUACCAGCAGCAGCUCUUAUUGAAGAAAAAGAGAAAACACAAUAUGAAGAUGGAGAAUGGAAGUGCCUUGUUAAAACUGGUUCCCUUUCAACCAAAGCUAACGUAGUCCUGGUGGUUUAUGGUCAAAAGAAGGUGUCAGAACCCUUCACUCUAGGCAAAGGAAGUCCCAAGCUGUUCAGCCCAGGCAGUGAAGACAAGUUUAAGGUCAACUUGCUUGGUCUUGGUAACAUGUACAAGAUACGGAUUGGACUGGACUCCUACAAGGCCUCCUGGAGAUUAGACACGGUGAGUCUGAUCGAGCCUUCCCACGGUGACAAACACGUUUGUAAGUUCAAGAAUCGUUGGCUCUCACUCAAGGAGGAUGAUGGUGAUCUCUGGAGAGAGCAUGCCAUUGCUUUACCUGGGAAGAAGCCUCUACCUAUGAUGCACUACUUUAUCACGGUUGCCACGGGAACGGAGCCCAACUCGGCGACGGAGGCCAACGUCUACAUCAACAUCUUUGGUGAGAAGGGAGACACCGGCAAGAGGCUGCUCCACAGAUCUCAGAAUGAAGACGUCUUCCUACAAGGACAGGUUGACUGCUUUGAGUUAGAGGCAGUAUCGAUCAAGAAGCCUACCAAGGUCGUGAUAGGUCACGACGGUGAGAGCCCCGGAGAAGGAUUGUAUCUUCAGCAGGUCACCAUCAAAGACAAGAAGGAUUCCAAGACAGAAUACAUCUUUAAGUGUGACAGAUGGCUUGAUGCAGGACAAGAUGACAACAAGAUAGAGAGAGAACUGGAACUCACUGAGAUGAGGACAAUUAAACCUCAUGAUUGGGAGGUGUUCAUCGCGACAGGCUCCAUGGCCGAGGCUGCUCUUCCUUCACCCGCAACACUGGUAGUCUACGGAGACAAGGACAAGACCGAGUUAGUCCUUGAACCGCUUCAUGGUGAAGGUUUCCUACCGGGCAGUGCAGAGAGCUUUAGGGUCAACUUUGGCGAUAUCGGUCGGCUGGUUAAGGUCCGACUCGGCCAUGAAGAUGAGGAGUCCAGCUGGUAUGUCAAGACGAUGAGGAUGGUUGACCUUAACACCAACGAGGAGCAAGCCUAUGAGGUCGAUCGCUGGAUGUCCAGGAGUAACGAUGACCGGGACGUCUGGAGGGAACUUGCUGCUGUCUGGCCUGGACAACGAACUGCACCAGUUGCAAGAUACUAUGUUCAAGUCUUCACCUCGUCUGAACCUGAUGCUUCAACCAACGCCAACAUCUACGUCAACCUGAUCGGGAAGAACCACGACUCUGGCAAACGCCGUCUGGUCCGUCCCAAGACCACCAACGAGACGCCCUUCCAGGCCGGUCAGAAGGACGGCUACGAGGUCGAGGCCGUCUUCCUGGGCAAGGUGCUGAAGGUCAUCGUAGGGCAUGAUGGGGAGGAGGAAGGUCAGGGCUGGUGCCUGGAGAAGGUCAUCGUCAAGGAGUCCAGGACCGCCAAGAAUGAGGCCAUCUUUCCAUGUGAAAAAUGGCUUGACACUGGGAAGGAUGAUGGUAAAAUAGAAAGAACUUUAGUGCUUGGCAAGCCAUCAGCAGCCCCAAAUACCGUCACGUCAGCCAAGGCGUCUGCUACCACUGAUAUCAUCACCUUAAAAUGGAAAGCGCCCUCUACGCCGGUGACCUCUUACAUUGUGACCUGUGACCCACCUGACCCCAAGGAAUCUGAGGUCACCCUGAAUGACCCCAAGGCAACAGAGGUCGUGUUUGGUGACCUGACCCCAGGCAAGGAGUACACGUUUGGAAUCACGGCGGUCAAUAAGAAGAAGGAAGGGGAGAAGGUUACAGUUAAAGCAACGACAAAACCUAACAAGGUCUUGGAUGCAUCCCUUGAAAGUGCAAUGACCUCAAUCAAGGUCACAUGGAAGUCACCCGAAGGUCAAAGGACGGGUUACCACGUCAAGAUAUCUCCCUCGGAUGCCAAGAAGUCCUCGCUGAAAAUCAAAGAUGUUGCCACGACGACGGCCGAGUUUGAAGGUCUGACGCCUAAUAAGGAAUACAAGGUGCAGGUCGUCACGGUCAGUGGAGAGACAGAGAGUGAGAAGGUCACUCUGGAAGGGAGGACAAAAAUGCCAGAGUUGAGGAUUCUCCCCGUGAUUGGCCACUCAACAUCAUCAGGAACGGAUCAUCUCGAGAUCUCCUGGAAGAAACCUGAUGGGGAUGUGACAGGCUACAGGGCUGUACUUCAACCUGCAGAAGGUGACAAUCCCGAGAUGAAGUUAGACGGAGAUGAUAAGACAACUGUCAAGUUCACUGGAUUAUCACCAGGCAGAGAGUACAAUGUAGAGGUCUACACUACGCAUGAAGAUAAGGAGAGCGAUAAGGUUUCCAUCGUAGGAAGAACAGAAUCUGAAAGCAACCAGGUCAAAGAUCCCAAGGCCGAAUCAACCCUUGACACCAUCCAGCUGACCUGGGUCAAACCUGAGGGAGAGGUCACAGGUUACAGGGUCGUGUGCCAGCCCAAGGGAGGUGAAAGGUCAGAGGUCAAACUGGAUGGAGGAGAUCAUGAGACGUCUCAUGAGCUGUCCGGUCUAGUGGCGGGGAGAGAACAUGAGAUGGAGAUCUAUACUGUGAAUGGAGAGAAGGAGUCAGAGAAAGUCACCAUCAAGAAAUUCACAAGGCCACACUUCGCCGUGGAACCAAAGAUUGAAGAGACUGCCUCCAACAAGCUCAAAGUUUGCUGGUCCCCACCCUCUGAAGGCGAACACACUGGUUACAGGGUAGAGUGGAAAUCUAAAGAUGGAAGCAGCGAAGAGAAGGAGAAGAAGGAUGAAGAGAAAGAAGAAGAAGAGAUCGAUAUUGAUUUGGAAGAUCCCGAAACUGAAAAAGCUGCUCUGAAAAUACAGCAGCAGUUUAAGAAGUUUAAGAUGAAGAAAGGACCAGCGAAGCCAGAUCCUAAGAAGAAGAAGGAUGAUAAGAAGAAAGAGAAGGAGGAUGACAAGAAGAAAGAGAAGGAGGAUGAUAAGAAGGAGAAUAAGGAAGACGAGGGAUCGAAGGAGGUUGGAGCUGAUGAAACAAGUCUUGAAGUGACUGGUCUCAAGCCUAGUCAUCCUUAUGACAUCACCAUUUGUGCUUUAGCUGGACCAGAGUGUAGUGAACCUGCUAAAACAGAAGCAACAACAACUCCCAAAAAUCAGAUGGACGAGGAUGAAGCCGCAAGAACAAUCCAGAAGAAAUAUAAGAACUUUAAAUCAAAGAAGAAAAAGAAAACGCCAGGACCCCAUCCUGUGGUGGAAGCCAAGCUAGAGUGUGAAGCAACAACCAUUGCAGUUAGCUGGAAGAAACCUGAGGAAGGAACGAUGACGGGAUACAAGGUGACAUGUCUCACAAAGGAAGAGGUGGAAAAGGAGAAGGAGAAUAAGGAGAAAGAAGGAACUGACCAAUCAGAGAAAGAGAAAGGAAACAAGGAUGACCCAGCGGCCAACCAACCACUAGGGGUUACGAAGCAGGUCAGAGCUGAUGUCUUCACGGCAAAGUUCUUUGACCUUGAUCCAGAGAUGGAGCAUGUUGUUAGGAUCUGGACUUUAUCGGAUGGUGUGGAGAGUGAGGUGGUGGAGCUAACAGACAAGACUAAGCCUGAUAUCAAAGAAACUGAGGGUGAGUGGACGGUAACCGUGGUUACUCAUGAGGAUUCUAAGCCUUCCCACAAUGCCUUGGUGGAGCUGGUGGUUUAUGGGAAGGAUGGCAAGUCUGAUCCCCUCCUACUCAACAAGGAGAGGAAAGAGGAUGGAUGCUUUGAGCCAGGCAAGACAGAGAGCUUUGAUAUCCAAGUGGGCUACAUAGGAGACAUCUACAAGAUUCGGAUCGGAUAUCAUGACAAUGAAUCAUGGGAAGGUUGGCAUCUGAAAGAGGUCCACAUGGAGGACAAGCACACCAAAGAGAAACUGGACUUUGCUUUUGACCGAUGGAUGGACAGAGGUCAAGAUGACCAAGAUAUCUUCAGAGAGCUACCGGUCAAGAGAGAAGACCAGGAACCUCUACCAGUUGAGGUGUACUACAUCUCUGUCCAUACCGGUGACCGAUGGGCGGCCUAUACCGACGCCCCUCUGUGGGUGAUCCUACAUGGGGAGAAUGGAGACACGGGUAAAAGGGUUCUCUACCACUCACAGGAUAAGGAGGACAAAUUCAUUCAGAAUCAGGUGGAUACUUUCAAGGUAGAAGCAGUAUCUUUAGGUGAAGUCACCACGAUGGAGAUAGGCCAUGAUGCAAAGGGUUACGGUGCUGGAAUAUACCUAGAUCAUGUGACGUUGAGAGAAGGGGAGGAAUCAGACACUGCAUACCUCUUCCCUGUUAAUAACUGGCUAGAUGAUCACAUUGGUGAUAAGAAGACACACAGACAACUCAAACCUAUAGGCAAGCAAUCAACCAAAGAAAGCGAUGAGACUCAGGACGAUGCCAAGCCAGAAUCACAGGGUAACUGGACAGUGUUCAUGAAGGUCAGUGAAGAUUCUCCGACCUUGUUCAAAGCCAAUCUGUACCUGACCGUCUAUGAUGGUAUCACCGCAUCAAGACCGCAUCAGAUCGUUCUAGAUGAUGACUUCACUCCAGAACAAGAAAUAGAGAGCUCAAUGAAGAUGGAAGAUAUCAAGAGCAUCUCAAAGAUCAGACUGGAGCAUGAUAACGCAGGAGGAGGACAGCUCAUUUACAUAGAUACAAUCCGUCUGGUAGACAAAGAAACUGGUGAGGAGCUCACAUACAGGUUCGACUGCAGGCUAGGAGAGGAUGAGAAGACUGGUGCAUCAUCAUUAGUUAAGGAGGUUCCUACGUUGAAAGAUGGUCAACAACCAUUACCAGUUGUUGAAUAUGAGGUGAAGACGAAAACCAAAGAAGAGGCAGGAUCUUGGAACAAUGCUAACGUGCACAUCAGGCUGGUGGGUGAUGCAGGGGAUACCGGUGUAAGACAUCUAUGGAAGCCUGACGUAGAGAAUGCCUUUCAACAGGGACAGGAGGAUACCUUCAUCUUAGAAGCAGUAGACGUAGGUGUCCUCCAGAGAGUUCUCCUCUCUCUGGAGUCAGAUGAACAAGAUGAUGCCUGGCUACCAGAGUCCGUCACCGUCUCAGCGACCAACUCGCCCAAGAAGUAUGAGCUUCCCUGCAACAUGUGGAUCGGGAUGACGGCAAAUGCAAGUCAAGAACAAGAGCUGUUGGUGGAUGCUAAUCAAGCACCUGCUGCAAAUGAAGAAGGAGAACCUGGUUCUAAAGGGUCUUGGACGCUCUGGCUCACCCCUGGAUCUGAGGAUGGAAUGGGCUGCAACUCCUUACUUUCCAUGAUGGCCUAUGGGAGCCAAGGAACCAGCAGGAUUCUUCCACUUGAGAAUGGGGUAGAUGUGGGACCAACGAAAGAGGAGGGAGAAGGAGAAAAAUUGAUGUACCCACAGGGAAUAACCAAGAAAUUUGAUAUUGAUCUUGGCGAGAUAGGUUCCAUCUACAAGAUACGACUCUCUCUGGAUGACAAAGACACAACUCAACCACAGCUGUACCUCAAGAAGAUGAAAAUGAAAGAUAAAGACACAAACCGGGAAUUCCAUUUCUUUGUGGACCAAUGGCUGAGAUCGACUCCCAAUGUGGAGAAAGAGAAGAAGGAGGGAGAAGAAGAUGGAAAAGAAGAGAAGAAAGAAGGAGAAGAGGAUGGAAAGUUAGGAAAGAAGGAUGGAGAAGAAGAUGGAAAGGAAGAGAAGAAGGAAGGAGAAGAGGAUGAAAAAGAAGAUAAGAGGAUGGAGGCUUUAUACCUUGAACUGCCAACUAUAAGACCUGAUAUGCCACCCGACCCAGUUGUCAAGUACCAGAUAUCAGUACAGACAGGUGAGCAGGAUGAUGGUGAUACGUCCAGUCAGGCAUACGUGAAGCUGAUCGGUAGCCAUGGCGAUACAGGAAAACGGCAGCUCAUCUGGGAGGAGGAUGUCAAGAAGACCUUUGAGAAAGGAACUGUGAAUACAUUCUACAUUGAGGCUGUUUCCAUUGGAGAAAUAACACAAUGCAUUGUGGGACAUGAGGGCAAAGAACCAGAAUCAGGCUGGUAUGUAGAGAAGGUGAUGGUGAGAGAGAAGAGCUCUGAGUCUAAUCUUGAGGGUCAAACUGACGACAAAAUGUGGUCCUUUACUUGCCAAAGGUGGCUAGCGGUCGAUAAGGAGGAUAACCAGACAGAAGUCUCCCUUGAUGUAGACCCGCCCACUUUACCAGAAGCCCCUCCCUCUGAUGAGGUCACUCCCCCUGACAACGAUGAACCUAGCAACCAGGAGGAGGAACCUGCUGAGGACACACCCAAAGCCGAUGAUGAAGACUCGCCAAAAGAUGAGGAUAAAUCAAAUGAGGAAAAACCAGAGGAGGAGAAAGAGAACAAGGAUGAUGAAGAGAACAAGGAAAAGUAAAGUAUUAAGAGUAAACCGCCAUGGUUUUUGUGUGUGUGAAGUGGGGGUGAAGAAAUUAGCUGUGUACAACAACAGAGGUCCUACAUACAAAAUGACACUGAUGUCUAUUUGUUAUAAGAUACAAAAGAUACAUUGUACACUUAAGACACCCCCUUGAUUAACCAAAGCCGGUUUUAACAUGGCAUUAGCGAAUGCGCCUUGAAUAUAGGAUUCAAUAACCAAAGAUUCAUAGAGAUGAUGUACAUUUUAGCUUCAAUUUACAUCUUUGGGAGAGUACUUGAUAAUGUCAGAUCGUCUGCUUAGAGCAAGAUGGGUUUUAACUGUAUACUUCAACACUUGAUGUGGUCAGAAGUACUUGGAAUCCAAUUUAUAUCAAUCACCAUUUGUGUCGAAAAUCCAGGAAUGCUGGAAUGCUGGAAUUAACUGGUAAUCUUACCCAUAAAUGUAGUCCUGUGCAAAAGAACAACAUUCAAUGUAGAGAAAAAGUUAUAUUUUGCAUGUAUUUGUCCUCCAGUACUAGGCUUCAAGUGCAAAUGGAGAAAAACAAUAUAAGAUUCAGGAAAUGGUAUUCUAAUGCUUUAUGAUAUCAAAUGAGGGAUCAAAUUGCAUGAAAAUAUUUACAUGCAAGUUCGUGUACUGUGCAAUAUGGUAAUGAUAAUCAAGAUCUGAAUAUUUUGAUAAUGAGUUGUGCAUAAUGUGAAUCGUGAUUAAAAUUGACACAUAAAAUGACGAUGCUAGCUAGCUAAUCCACAAACUGUAAUAUGCACUCACUCCUUUCACAGAGUUCAUCUUGUAUAUUUGUUUAAGGUGUAUUAUGUUUGCCUAUAUUAGAUGUGCCUCAGUGUUUGUGGGUUCAAGAGUGAUGGGUGUUUUGAAUUGUACGUUAUGUUGUACAUCUAGAUUUAUUUUGAUUUUAGACGCAAAAGUUUUUUAACAAAUGCCUUAAAGACAAUCAUAACAAGUUGUCUCUACAGUUCACAUGUAAAUACAAGCAAAUUAUUCAUACUAGUAUAUUCUAUGUUUACAUUCACAUGUACUUACAAUGUCAUUUUGUAAAUUUUGAAUUGCAUUAAUAUUGAACAAAAGCAAAAUUAUUUAAUUUGAUAAAUGUAUGUACAAAAAUGUAGAUUUGUAAAGAAAAGAGAUAUAUUUUAGAAUGUGUUGUGGUUAUUUGCUUGAAGUGAUAUACCGGUAUUUGCUUUUUAGAGAUAGCAGUAUUAUGUAUUUGUUGGAGAUAAUGUAAAUGCAAAAUAAUAUAUUUUCAAUUUUAUUUGAUAUUCAUGAUGAACAAGUUGAUAUUUUUUCUUAAGAACAAGGAUUAUGUAUUCACAUUCACGUAUUGCCCAAGCAGACGUUCUUUAAAUUGGUGAGCAAUGAUUUCACUGAACACCUGCAUUUUGAUAGACGACUGAUUCCUCACUUUGCCAAUGCAAUGAUGUAACUUGUACAUGUAUGAAGAUACUCAUGAUGUACAUGAUUUUAAAACAUGUACAAGGUGU